AUGUCUGAGGAACAGUAAGAAUUCGAGGGUUAGGAAGGAUAAGAAGGAUAAGAGGGAUAAGAGGGAUAGAAUGAGGGAUAACAUGAAUAAUAAUAACAAUAAUAACAAUAAUAAAGUCAAACAUAACAAAAAUAAAAGCCUGUUGUCCCUAAAAGUGAUCCUCCUCCUGAAGGGGCAAUCAUAAUUGAUUUUGAGGUUUGUAUGGAUUGUGCUUCUCAUGCUUGGUGUACUCAUCAUGACGAAAAUAAAUACACUUAAUUGUAUUUGGAUUGCAUGGCAGAAAUUCAUGCAUAAAUUCCAAAUUCCUAUUGCACUUAUAAUGCUAAGAAAAAACCCUCAACAGGAGCUUUUGAAAUUUCUCAUAAAGGGGUUAUUAUUUUUUCAAAGAGAAAUUCUUAGCUGUUUCCUUAACCUAAGUUGCUACCAGAAAGAAUUAGACAAUUCUUAGAUGAUGUGGAAAAUAAAAGAGAUGUCACUAAAUGGGCUACAAAAAAAGAAAUAAAAUAAGAGUAACCAAGACAAAUCAAGGAAAGACCAACUUUCUAAACAUACAUGAAACAAAGAGAAGAGUAGGAGAGAUUGGCAAAAGAAUAAAAGCAAAGAUAGGACGAAGAAAUCAGGUUGAAAUAAGAACAAGAUGAAAGAGAUAAGUAAGAAAGAGAAAGAUAGGAGGAGGAACAAAGGAAAAUAGAGGAAGAAAAAAGAAGAUAGGAAGAAUAGAGAUUGGCUGAGGAAAAGGCAGCUGCUGAGGAAAAGGCUAGAUAGGAAUAAGAGUAAAGAGAACUUGAAUAGUAAUAAGAAGAAGCUAAUAAAUAAAACCAAGAGUAGGAGUAACAAUAAGAAGGAGAAAAGUAACCAGAAUGAACACAUUCAAAGUAAGCAGAAUGAGAUUAUAACAUUAAAUAAAACUAUUUGUUAA